AUGUACGAAGUAGAAAGCAGCUAUUUUUCGGUUCCCAGCAUUGAAAAAUCUCCUGCUAAAUACGACGAUCGAAUACCUGAAUUGAACAAUUUUUAUAAGAAGAUCGCACAAGAACAGCUACGGGAGGAUGACAGCAUUCGGGAGCACAGCCUUCAGCAGAUGCGAGAUUGGAUUGCAAAAAAUCCGUGCAUCAAGAAAUGUCGAACGGAUGCCGCGUUUCUGCUGCGGUAUCUCCGUAGCAAAAAAUACUGCUUCAACACAUCUGUCGAAACAUUGGAACGAUCUCUAGUUGGUCGUGUGCUGCGUCCUAAUUGGUUCAAGAAUUUGGAUGUUCAGGAUACUGAAUUGGGUGCCUUGGUAGAGUCUGGAUAUCUUUUCCCCUUGAUGGAACGUGACAGCCAAGGUCGCACUUUGAUUUUCAACGACACCGCCCAGCUGGAUCCGACGAAGUUUACGGCGGGGCACGUCACCCGAAUUCAUUUGUUGAUUACGGAAUCCUUGUAUGAUAUGCCAGAAGUUCAGGUAGGUGGUCUGGUUAUGGUGUACGAUGUGUCCGGAAUGACACUGGCUCAGUUAAGUUUGGUAUCGUUGAAUGACAUCCGCCUGUUGGCCGGAUACUUGAACAAUGGAACACCGAUGCGUAUUCAGGAGUUUCACUUCGUCAACACCCCGAUUGCUACGCUUACCAUAGCGAACUUUGCCCUGCAAAUGCUGAGUGAAAAGCUACGGGAGCGUGUUUUCUGCCACAAAAAUUGGGACGAAUUGUACCUGAAAGUGGACAAAAACUUGCUACCAAAGGAGUUUGGUGGUAAAACUCCUAAAGCAGAUUCGAUUGCCGCCUUCAAGCAGCACUGUAUAAAGCUUCGAGACAAGCUGAACAACAAUGAUCUGAUGAAUAUCGAGGUUAGCAAAGAUUCUAAAUACUGGAAGGAAACACAUGACACAGAACUCGAGAGCGGCGCCAUAGGUAGCUUCCGACAACUGGUUGUCGACUGA